AUGCAAUUUGAGUUCGAGUUCGAGUAAGGUGAAAUAAAUCACUGUACUUAGCUGUGUAGGGGGAAUUCCGACUGCCACGCAAUGCAAAUCCAAUACUAUUUUCACAUUGGAUAUCUUUGUCCUGAGAUAAAACUCCCACACUAAUGUUGUAUUGGAGGGAUAAAAACUAAACCAGGAGGUGAGGUAGAUGAUGUUCAAGAAUCAACUGCAAGAACUCGCACAAAGAAGCUGCUUUAACCUUCCUUCCUAUGCCUGCAUCAGAGAAGGACCCGAUCAUGCACCGAGGUUCAAAGCCUCGGUGAACUUCAACGGCGAGAUCUUCGAAAGCCCGAGCUUCUGCCCGACGUUGAGACAGGCGGAGCACGCGGCUGCCGAGGCGGCUCUCAAUGUUUUAUACGUAAGAGGCCUUUCAAGGUCUCUCACUGCAAGAGUUCUCGAUGAGACCGGAGUUUAUAAGAAUCUCCUACAGGAAACUACUCAUAGAGCAGGGCUUAGACUACCUGUUUACACCACCAUAAGAUCAGGUCCCGGCCAUAGCCCGAUCUUCACUUGCAGUGUGGAAUUUGCCAGCAUGAGCUUCACCGGUGAGCCGGCCAAAACGAAGAAGCAAGCAGAGAAGAAUGCUGCAAUUGCAGCUUGGUCGGCCUUGAAAACAAUGCCAAACUUGGAUUCAUCAACGAAAAAAGAAACCGGCGAUCAAGAGGACCGAGAUCAGGCAGUUGUGUCGAGAGUCCUCUCGAGCUUCAGGCCAAAAGAUAACAGCAAACAGUUUAGGAGGGGGGAUUAUAAUAACCAAGCAAAAAGAAGAAUGGUCAAUGGCAACAACAAUGAUAUCAUCAUCCUUCCAUCUUCUUCCGCCUCAGGUAAAUCUCUAAAUCAUAAAAACAGCAGCUUUGUAUCUCUACUUCCUCCACCUCCACCAAGAACAGCUUCAAAGAUCUUGCCACCAGUACAAGUUGGGGGUAAACAUGAAGUGAAACCGCCUCCUCUACUUAACCAACAUGAUCAAGUCAUCAACAAAUGCAUUGAGAAGGACGGUUCAAGUUCUAGUUAUAUCCAUGGAGCAAGUACUAGUUGCUGUGGUACUGCUAAGAUCAAUAUGCUCGACAACGCAGCAAGAACCGAAGCAAGCGAGCUUAUCAGACGAAUCUUUGGGUCUCCAAAUCCAUUGCAAAUGGCACCACAACCAGAAAUGGCCCGGAACAUGUACACAGGAGGGUUAAACAUUGCCCCGGCAGUUAAAAUGAGAUCAAUAAUCCCAGUUUGUGCUGCUCCACCCCCACCACCAAACUCAAUGAAAAUAGGACCAGCAUCAGCAAGCUCAGUCAAGUUCAACAACUCAGACCAACUCAGUUCAGAGUUGAAGAAUCUACAAUUAACAAAGUAAAACUCAAUGAGUUGGAUUUCUAAUAUCUUAUUAUCAUGUAUUUUUUGUU